UGUCACGAGCUUUAUCCCAGGCACGGAGUGGAGGCUGGAGAAUUUAAACGGGCAUCAAUUAUAUAGGCUAUCUUAUUUACCAAAUUUAGCGCCUGUUAAAGCGAACAGGGCUACACUUUCAUAUCCCUGGUUGGCAGUUAAGACUCUACUGAGUUAUUCCGGUCAACCGGUGAUGUUUUCCAGUAUUUGAUAUUGCUAGCCAGCUAGCUAGCUAGCCAUUAAGCUAGCUUUGCGGUGCGUGAUUCGAAGUGACUUAACGGUAUAUUUUUGAUCGUUAUUUUCAUUAGCACAUCCAACUACAUUCAUCAUAGACGCAUCCAAAUAGUUGGUGGUUUUAGCUGAAGUGAUUUUUUACUGUAGGUGUUCUGCACGUAAAUCCUAAUCUUAGCUAGACAAGGAUUGAAUGAAAUAACGUUAGCUUGCCAUAGCCAGCGGAAACGAGCCAGUCAACAGAGAUAACAUUAACUUGCCCUGCUGGUUGAUCCACCGCCAUCCAGCUAAUCUAGCAAAUGCUAUUGGAGCUAGCCACGCACAAGCACACAGUGAGCUUGGUAGGUAACCGUCAGUGAUAAGUAGUAGUGAGCGAGCGGACCUUCGAAAUAGCUAGCUACUGCCAAACGCCAAGUUGCCCAUCUUCCACUCCAGCCCAGAGCAAAAAGCUGACCCACGUCAGUUCAUAUUUACGGAUAAGGCCAGAGUGAGGACAGAAACCUGCAAAAAUGCCGGCUGUGUCGAAAGGAGAUGGAAUGCGCGGAUUAGCUGUUUUCAUUUCGGACAUUAGAAAUUGCAAGAGCAAGGAAGCCGAGAUCAAACGGAUCAAUAAAGAGCUGGCCAACAUUCGCUCCAAGUUUAAAGGGGACAAGGCUCUGGAUGGGUACAGCAAGAAGAAGUAUGUCUGCAAACUGCUCUUCAUCUUCCUGCUUGGCCAUGACAUUGACUUUGGACACAUGGAGGCAGUCAACCUGCUGAGCUCCAACAAGUACACAGAGAAACAGAUUGGCUACCUGUUCAUCUCAGUGCUGGUAAACAGCAACAGCGAGUUGAUUCGUCUGAUUAACAAUGCCAUCAAGAAUGACCUGUCCAGUCGCAACCCCACCUUCAUGUGCCUGGCGCUUCACUGCAUCGCAAACGUGGGAAGCCGUGAGAUGGCUGAGGCCUUUGCCAGUGAGAUCCCUCGGAUCCUAGUUGCUGGUGAUACGAUGGACAGCGUGAAACAGUCAGCAGCCCUGUGUCUCCUGCGGCUCUAUAAGACGUCUCCUGACUUGGUUCUGAUGGGUGAGUGGACGUCACGUGUGGUGCACCUGCUCAACGACCAACACAUGGGAGUGGUGACUGCAGCCAUCUCUCUCAUCACCUGUCUGAGCCAGAAGAAUCCAGAUGAAUUCAAGACCUGUGUUUCCUUGGCUGUUUCCCGACUCAGCAGGAUUGUGUCGUCGGCCUCCACUGACCUCCAGGAUUACACCUACUACUUUGUCCCAGCACCGUGGCUCUCCUGCAAACUGCUGCGCCUGCUGCAGUGUUACCCUCCACCAGAAGAUGGUGCUGUCAAGGGCCGUCUGGUUGAAUGUCUGGAGACCAUUCUAAAUAAGGCCCAGGAGCCACCCAAAUCCAAGAAGGUGCAGCACUCCAAUGCCAAGAAUGCUAUCUUGUUUGAGGCUAUCUCACUUAUCAUCCACUAUGACAGUGAGCCAAACCUGCUAGUGCGAGCCUGUAACCAGCUGGGUCAGUUCCUGCAGCACAGAGAGACUAACCUGCGCUACCUGGCUCUGGAGAGUAUGUGUACGCUGGCCAGCUCUGAGUUUUCCCAUGAAGCUGUGAAGACACACAUCGAAACAGUCAUCAACGCCCUCAAGACUGAGAGGGAUGUAAGUGUUCGACAGAGGGCAGCUGAUCUGCUGUAUGCCAUGUGUGACCGCAGCAAUGCCAAGCAGAUUGUAGCCGAGAUGCUCAGCUACCUUGAGACAGCAGACUACUCCAUUAGAGAGGAGAUGGUGCUGAAAGUGGCCAUACUUGCAGAGAAGUAUGCUGUGGAUUACUCUUGGUACGUGGACACCAUUCUCAACCUCAUCCGCAUUGCCGGUGACUAUGUCAGCGAAGAGGUGUGGUAUCGCGUCAUUCAGAUCGUCAUCAACCGAGAUGAUGUGCAGGGCUACGCCGCCAAGACAGUCUUUGAGGCCUUGCAGGCCCCUGCCUGCCAUGAGAACAUGGUAAAGGUUGGAGGCUAUAUCCUGGGAGAGUUUGGUAACCUCAUUGCUGGCGAUCCACGCUCCAGUCCACUGGUCCAGUUCAACCUUCUUCACUCCAAGUUCCAUCUGUGUUCGGUACCCACUCGUGCCCUACUGCUGUCGGCCUACAUCAAGUUUAUCAACCUGUUCCCAGAGACCAAGGCCACCAUCCAAGAGGUUCUGCGCUGCGACAGCCAGAUCCGCAACUCAGAUGUGGAGCUGCAGCAGCGUGCUGUCGAAUAUCUGAAGCUUUCUUCCAUUGCUAGCACCGAUGUCCUGGCCACUGUCCUGGAGGAGAUGCCCCCCUUCCCAGAAAGGGAGUCAUCAAUCCUGGCUAAGCUGAAAAAGAAGAAAGGGCCAGGUGCUGUGUCUGUGACAGAGCUGGAAGACAGCAAAAGAGAGGGCGGGGAAUUGAAUGGAGGGGGCGACCGGGGCCCAGACACAACAGCCAUGGCUGCUUCCAAUGCUUCCACCCCAUCACCAUCAGCAGACCUCCUUGGGAUUCGUUCUGCCGCUCCCAUUGGCGCUGCUCCGGCCAGUGCUGGCAGCCUGUUGGUAGAUGUGUUCUCUGAGGCAGGGCCUGCUGCACCUUCUGCUGCUGUGAAUGAUGACGGCUUCCUAAGAGAUCUGGAACAGCCCACUGAGACCUCUGAUUCCCUAUUGGUGGAGGGUUCUGGUGACUCGGACUCUGCUCCUCCUUCUUCUGAGGAUCCUGCUCCUCCUCUGUCUGAGGCAGACGAACUUCUCAACAAGUUUGUGUGCAAGAACAAUGGUGUUCUGUUUGAGAAUCAACUGCUACAGAUUGGCAUCAAGUCAGAGUAUCGUCAGAAUCUAGGGAGAAUGUACUUAUUCUAUGGUAACAAGACAUCGGUGCAAUUUGCCAGCUUCACCACCACAGUCAGUUGUCCUGGGGAGCUGCAGUCUCAGCUCAAUGUUCAGACCAAACCAGUGGAACCACUCGUAGAGGGUGGGGCCCAGAUCCAACAGGUCCUCAACAUUGAGUGUCUGACUGACUUCUCUGAUGCCCCACUGCUCAAUAUCAAGUUCAGAUAUGGUGGAGCUCUGCAGAACCUGACCCUCAAGCUGCCUGUCACCAUCAACAAGUUCUUCCAGCCAACUGAGAUGACCUCACAUGACUUCUUCCAGCGCUGGAAACAGCUUAGCCAGCCUCAGCAAGAAGCACAAAAGAUAUUCAAGGCCAACCACAGCAUGGACACUGAAGUUCUCAAGGCUAAGCUACUGGGACUAGGAACGGCCCUGCUGGACAACGUCGAUCCAAACCCAGAGAACUAUGUGUGUGCCGGAGUGAUCCAGACCAAGAGUCAGCAAGUUGGCUGUCUGCUUAGACUGGAGCCAAACACCCAGGCACAGAUGUACCGCCUGACUUUGCGCUGCAGCAAGGACUCUGUGUCCAGGCGUCUCUGCGAACUUCUGGCCCAACAGUUCUAGAGUCAAGACCUCUACCGUGAACAGUACUCCCACCAUCCCUACCAGCGGACCUGUCCCUCCUGCCACACCCUUCCUCCUCCCUCCAGCAGAGAAUCUUUGAAUAAAAAAAAGUCGUAACCUACAUAAGGGAAAAAGCAGCCACUGCUAGCAGCAGCUGGAAUAUUAUUGUCAUUAUUCUUGUCCCAGAUUCUGAAUCCAGUUCAUCAUCUUCUACUUGUUUAUUAACAUGAUGCUACAUUCUUGAUUUUGUUGAUGUUGACCUGUGUGUGUGUGUGUGUGUGUGUGUGUGUGUGUGUGUGUGUGUGUGUGUGUGUGUGUGUCUGUCUGUCUGUCUGUCUGUCUGUCUGUCUGUCUGUCUGUCUGUCUGUCUGUCUGUCUGUCUGUCUGUCUGUCCCAUAGUUGUACGCUGGGGUCCCAUUCAGCUACAUCCUGACUGCUCAGUUGUAUUGAUUGUGUGUAUGUGUGUGUAAGAUUUCAUUUGAAUUGGUAGAACAUUCCUUGAAGUCAGAUUGGUGAAGCUGUUUCUUGCACAAAUGCACUCAUCCCCUCCCUAGCCAUCCACACACACACACACAUUCUCGCACAGGCACACACACCACACACACGUAUCCACAAUUCCUUGCGGUUCUAGUGGGACCCACUGAUGAAAAGAGACCAGAGGGUACAGACUCUGAUCUCAGCAGCUUUUGCUCACAAAUUUCUAUCAAGCAUUCCUGGUGAAAAUGCACUGAAGGCGUUGCGAUCCACUUUUAGGCCUUCCAGCAUGAGUCCCUGUACUUUAUCUCUGAAUGAGCCAUGAAGCCCUGUAAGAAGUGGCCCUUCAUGUCAAUGAACUACUACCCGUGUUCAUGUAAUUGAUGUGUAUAUAAAUAUGUGCCAGUGUAUUACUUUAUUGCUUUUGGAGACAUUCCCAUCUUGCUUGUUUAGGAUACCUGUGUUUAUCUAACCCAAGCCACCCAAGCAGGAGGGUGGCACAGAAUGGACACUAUGUAGAUGACAGGAAUGGGGAUGAGGCCUGUUGUGUUAACAGUCUUUUAGACCCGUUGUCUCAUCCACUGUCUGGGAGAUAGUUCCAUGUGCUUGCCAUUGAGAAGCUUAGGCGAAGCAUCCGUGAGCUGCUGUUUACUGGAGGUGGGGACAUUCUGUUUGAAAACACUUCUGGUCAAACAUAAAUUUCACCAUUGCGGCUUGUCCAAGGAAGUUUUUCAAGUUAAUCUUCUUUUCUAGGACAAGAGAAGGUGAGAUUUAUGCUUUAUUGUAAGCAUUUCUAAGCGGCAUGCUUAAAAUUCCAGAGUGAUGAAGACAAACAAGUGUCUGUCUUAUUGGCCUCCCCAUUUCUGAUGAAGAGCAGUACAUGUUGAUUUUCUAUCUGGAGACAUGUACAGCCUUCAUUAUGAUCAGAAUAGGGGACAAAUAGAUGCAUCAUCAUCAUUUAAGGAGAUUACAGUUUUGUAGUCAGGCAGUGAAGCUCUGACAGAUGCUACUGCUGCCGGAGCAGCUAAAUCCAGCAUGAUCAGGUUCAGAAACCGUAACAGUAAAUGUUUAGAGAACACAAAGAUAUUCAGCAACCUUAAAAUGUUUAGAUCCACAGUUUUCUAACUCUUCUCAGACAUCCUCUCACAUACACUGUUGUCACGGGAGAGGACAGGAUGUAUGACACCCAGAUGUCCAUUACAACUACAGGGGACUCAGUAUAUGUGUGUGAAUGUGGGUGUGACUGUAAGCAAAGUAAGAGGGGAAAAAAAGCCUGAAGACAUUUCUAAUAAAGGAUCUAAUUACAUUGUGUGACUGCACGGCAAUCACAGGACAUUGAAAUUUGUGGAAAAUGUAGUCAUUUUGUGAGUGUGUGUAUGUGAGUUUGUGUGUUUAUGCAGUAUCCACUAGCUAAUGCAGACUCAUGUAUCGGUGUUAAGAACCUGUCCAAUACCUGUGUUAGACUUAAGAUUUACUCUGUAAUGAAAAAAUGUGAAAGUAAAACUAUGCCAUAUAUCUAAAAUGACACCUCCUGUCUUGUAUUACAGUGAUGCGUGAGUACAGCGGUGUCUUGACACAUGUACAGUAGGUGGUCAACAGAAUUGAACACUAUGGGAGAGCAUCAAAGGAAAGAUGAAACUUAAACUGAACUUUCUAAACUUAAAUAUUCUUAGAAUACUGGAAGUUUGACUUUUCAUGACUGUCUGCCAAUUUCUAAGGUAUAUACAGUUUAGUGACUUAUAAUACUUAAAAUGCAACAUCACUUCAAAAUAUUGGUAGAGUAAAAUAAUUUCAGAUUUUUCUCAGUUGUAACUUUUGUAGCCAGUGACGUAUUAAGACUUGUUGACUGGUUGGCCCAAGUGGGGUGGUGAGUUCUCCAGAGAUGGCAUGAAGUAGUUGCGUACAUGUUGCAAUAAUGUUAUUUUGGGUUUCAAUGGUGGUAAACCUCUACAAACAGGAUAUGAACCAGUGGCAUGGUAGUAAAAUGAAAAGGCGCCAGGCAAAGAUUUUUCUAGAGCUCUGAGUUUCUUUACUUGAGUCCAAGCACAAGUACACCAAAUCCCCACAUGCCCCUCAUAAACAACAGCCAACUCACAGGUGCAAAAAAUGCAGCAGCCCAGCUUCCACUGAUUUCUCACCUGACCUUCCCUGCAGUCUCCACCCACACAAUUACCCAGUGAAAGCAGAAAGACACUCCUCCUCCACUAGCUGUAAACAUCUGCUUACAUUUAGUAUUACUUUUUACAUUGGAUUUUUCUACACUCAAUGCACAUGAAUAUAGACUAAUAUAGGUGGAGGAAUAUGCAUGACAAACUCAAAACUACCAAACAAAAGCCAAAGCUCCUUUACCUACUCCUGUUGCCUUGGGUUAGGCAACAGGCACUGAAUGAUUUGUGAUCACCAUGAGCUUUUGACGUCUCCCAUGAACAUAACAGCACUUCAGGAAAUUGCAGACUACAUCCAUCUUAUAUGUAUGGAAUUGAGCUGCAUUUGUGGUUUGUUGUGGAGCUGUUCAGGUUCUCUGAAGUUUCUGCUCUACUUUCUGGACCUGUCUGGUCUUUUUUACUACUGAAUCGCUGUAUGCCGAUGACCUGAAAAUAGAGCAUUGUCUGGUUGCUAUGGGUAAUGUUUAACUAAGACAUCUGAUAAUCAUUGAGAACUCCCUUUUUUUACUUUACUACUCAUCAAAUGUGUCUCAGUGUAGAAGAGCAUUGUGUAUGUAUGUAACCACUGCAGUGGACAUCAUGCCUUCACAGAGUCAAUGCACUUAAAAUGAGACUUGUGAAAAAUGUCUAGAUACU